GUGAACAGGGGCUAUACAGAAAGACAUGCCUUGUGGCUGCAGUGUUCUGAGACAUGGCGCACACUUCAGAAAACUAUUGAUGAUUUCUCUGUGUGGCUGAGCACCAUUGAGGAAAGAGUCCAAAUCACUGCCAACCAACCUCUACCUGAAGCUAAGAUUACCCAAAAGGAACUUGAGAAGCAAGUUACAUUGAAACACCGGCCAAGCCAGACUCUUCAGUCAACCUGCAAGGAAGUGACAGAGGAUAUGAGUCUUGAUGAUGCUAAGCGUCUGCAGGAACGUGUGGACACCCUCAUGAAGCGCUGGCGUGCUCUGUUACUGGAUCUCGCAGCUCGGAGGGAGAGAAUCGCUGGAGAGGAAGGUGGCAGGAGGCACAAAGCUCGGAAUAUGAAGCCUUGUUAGUAUGGGUUGACCAGGCCCAAGCACUUAUGGAUGCACCAGUAAAUGUCACUGAUGAAGCAACUCUCUCAGCACAUUCCACUAUGAUUCAGAAUCAUUUAGUGGAACUGACUACAAAACACAAUCUGCUAAAGAAACUGAAAGAUUCCAAGCCAAAAUCUGUUACACCAGCCCAGCUAUCAACUUUAGAAACUAAUCUGAAUAAGGUGGCAAAGACCUUACCAGAAUACAAGAACUUGAUAGAAACCAAAUUAGGUGUGACCAAGACCCUUGUUACUGAUGUUGAGGACCUGUACAAGUGGACUGAAGAAAUGAGGGUGAAAGUAGCCCUCCGCAAUAUGACUGAUGAGGAGAUCAAACUUUCAAAGAUCACCCUCAGAGAAAAGGAAACACUGUAUGAGAAUCUGGAUUCGACAUACUGGGUCUUGGCACAGGAUACUGAGAGCAAGGGGCUCACAGUGUCUGUUGCUCUUAAGAACCGCAUGAACACGAUUGAGUCCCGGCUGAAGGCGCUGCAGGGGCAGCUGUACGAGAGUUCCGCUUCCGCCACGCCGCCUUCGCCCACCUCCCCGGCCUUCUCGCGCAUCACGCCUGAGAAGGCCGAUCAGGAGAAGGUGGUCGGGGAAAAGGAUGCCAAGGCGGCGUCCAAGGAGGGGGAGGUGCUGGAGGAGAAGGCGGCGGCGGUGGCCGUCGCGGCGAGCAAAACGACCCCCGAGGUAGUGACGACCACUUUGACGAAGACGACCACAACGAAGGGCAAGGUCGAGAAGACGGAGGCCUUGGCGGUGACCUCAGGCACCACCGUGACCUCAAGUGUGACCUCCGUCAUACAGAAUGUCAUCAAGUUUGAGGAGAGCGUGUUUGGCGCUGAGGGGGCGUUGCGCCCGCCCUCCCCUCUCGUGUGCCCGCCGAAACACGCCCCCGACUCGUCCCCGGUGCUCAUCCUCGCCUCCCUGGACAAGAGCAUCCUUCAGAUUCGUGACUGGCUGACCCUAAUGGAGCAAAUGACUCGUCAGCAGACAGUGGUGGUCGGCGACGCUGACGACAUUCGGCAACUGACUGAGAAACAGAAGAACGUGCUGCGAGAGCUGGAGGGCAAGAAGCCACAGCUGGACGAGUUAGUGGCCUCAGCUGACAGCCUCAAGGAUGACGCCUCCCGCACGCAGCUGCACCAGAAGAUGUCGAAGCUUCGAGAACACUGGGAUGAGACGAACAGCGUCGUGCUGGCCCGAAAGACGCAGCUGGAUGCCAUGUACGCCGAUACCCACAAGUUCGACGCCAAGCGCGCUGAGCUGGAGACAUGGCUUGCGAGGAUGGAAGCCCGCCUGGAGAGGAUGGCGCCCGUGGCCCACACCGCCGACGUCCUCGACCAGCAGAUUAGGGAGCAAAAGGGUUUCCACGCCGAGAUCCACCAGUACAAGCACCAGGUGGAGCUCUUCAACCAGAUGACUCAGCGACUCAUUGCCAUAUAUCAGCAUGAUGACACACGGCGGCUCAAGAAAAUCACUGAGACUAUCAACCUGCGCUAUAGUAGCCUCAACUCCAGCAUCAUAGCUCGCGGAAAAGCCCUCCACUCGGCUAUGAACUCGCUGCACAACUUUGACAAAGCUUUGGAUAAGUUCGCCUCAUGGAUGAGUGAGGCCGAAUCCAGCACGGACAUCCUGGAACUGGAAGUGGACAAACUGGGUCCAGGACGACGAGACCUGCAGGCACGCGCGCCCGUCGCUCAUCUCAAGGUAGGUUGCCCGAAUAAAAUGUAGUACAUACUAUUGGGU